AUGAGGUGGCAGCCUGCCGGAGCUGGCUCGGGGGCCCGCUCCGGGGCCUGCUCCUGGGCCUGCUGCUGCUGCUCGCCUCCGCCUCCACCGCCUCCUCCGCCUCCACCGCCUCCACCGCCUCCACCGCCUCCACCGCCUCCACCGCGGGUGAGUGCGCAGCCGGGGCCGCGGGCACCGCCGGCAGCAGGCUGCCCCCGGGGAGCACCCCCACGGAGAGGAACUGGGGAGCGUCCAGGAGAAACACGGGGAAGCCCUUGGCGUCGAGCCGCAGAAGUCGAGAAAACAGGUGUGUGCCCCCUGCUGGAGGCGAGCUCUCAUUGCAAGAAAGAGUGCCGCUCGGAUGGAGAAUGCGCAGACAACCUCAAGUGCUGCCCGGCUGGCUGUGCCAACGUGUGCCACCUGCCCAAUGAAAAGCCAGGCUCCUGCCCGCAAGUGGACAGUGGCAUCCCUCAACUCGGGAUCUGCGUGGACCAGUGCCGGAUGGACAGCCAGUGUACUGGGACCAUGAAGUGCUGUCGCAACGGUUGUGGGAACGUGUCCUGCGUCACUCCUGUCUGAGCUCCAGCCACCACCAUCCGAGGAAUGGGGGACGGGCGGGCCUGCCUGGCCCCAUGGGGCGCCAACCCAGUGGCCUCCCUCUCCCUGGCCUCCCCACCCCCUCUGGCACAACU